AUGUUGGAAGUAAUAACGCCUGAACGGAACGCGACAAGGCUUUUGAAACCUCGUAAAAGCAUUGGUGAGCCAAAGCGAGCGCAAGGAUUGAAGCAGAAUACACGAAUGCUGAUCGUCGUGAUAGUACUGUUUCUUGUUACCGAGAUUCCGGCCGCAUUGAUCUUCAUGACACAUGUGUUGUCAGUGUCACUGAAAUCACAUGUCAUCAAUUAUAAGCUGCUCAAUAUUUUGUUAAUAGUAAGGUGGGUGAUGUUAUUCACUGAAUCGUUAUUCACUGGUCGUUUGAAAGGACUGUCAUUAUUAAAAAAUCAUGAGAAC